CAACUGCGACAACAGGAUUGGAUUCAACCACCUCGGUAGCAAACAUAAAACCCGAAACGUUGAAGUGAUUUAGACCAAUCUUGUGUAUAUUAAUCUGUGUUUUUAACAUUCUGUUUACGUAUUUACUAGUUAACAAACCUAAUUUGCUUCUUAUAUGACAUUUGUUAAUUUGUUAAAUUGAUACUAUCACUAUUCUAGUCGCUAGCUAGCUAACAUCCCCGACCAUGAGUUCACAAAAUUACUCGCCCCCUGCUAAAGAAGAUGUCUGCUGGACGGAGAAAGAAGCUCUGGGGCUGAACAUCAUCGUAAAAGAAGAAGAGGAGGAUAUUCCAGUGGAUGGAGAGGAAGAACAUGGAGUGAAAGUGGAAGAGGAGGAGGUAGAACCGUUUAGAAUUAUGAAGGAGGAAGAUGAGGCUAUAGCAUUGAGAGAAAAGGAGGAUGAUAUAGUGAAAGAAGAAGAAGAAGAAGAACCUUUUGGAGUGAAAGAGGAAGAGGAGGCUAUCGCAAUAAAAGAGGAAGACGUUUUGGGAGUGAAAGAUGAGGAGACUGAAGAUGAGGAAGCUGAAGAUGAGGAGACUGAAGACCUGAAUAACACCAGAGAGAGGCCAGACACAGAGGAACCAGAGCCAGAGACGUCCAAACCAGCAAGACCACACCACUGCUCCCUCUGUGGAAAGAGUUUUAGCCAGUUAAUGAAUCUGAAAAGACAUGAGAGAACACACAUAGGAGAUAAGCCUCAUCACUGCUCCCAUUGUGGAAAGAGUUUUACCCGAUUAGAACACCAGAAAAAACAUGAGAGAACACACACAGGAGAGAAACCUUUCCACUGCUCCCAGUGUGGAAAUAAUUUUACCCGGUUAGGGAGCCUGAAUGAGCAUAAGAGAAUUCACACAGGAGAGAAACCUUUCCACUGUUCCCUGUGUGGAAAGAAUUUUACCUGGUUAGCGAGCCUGAAUGAACAUAAGAAAAUUCACACAGGAGAGAAACCUUUCCACUGCUCCCAGUGUGGAAAGAAUUUUGCCCGGUUAUGGAACCUAAAGGAGCAUGAGAGAAUACACACCGGAGAGAAGAUAUACAAAUGUUCUCAAUGUGGAAAGAGUUUUACCUGGUUAGGUGAUCUGAAAAGACAUAAGAGGACACACACAGGAGAGAAGCCUUAGCAAUGCUCACACUGUGGAAAGAGAUUCACCCGGGUUGGGAGCAUGAAAAUACAUUAGGGAGCGAAACCUCAUCAAUGCUCUCAAUGUGGGAAGAGAUUUACCUGGUUAAGGCGACUGAAAGAACAUGAACGAAUCCAGACCUGAUAAAAUGUUCUCAAUGCCCCCAGUGUGGAAAGAUAUUUACCCAGUUAGGGAAAGACCAUGAAGAAACACGCAGACAAAAAGCCUUACCACUGCACCCCAGGUGGAGAGAGAUUUACCCAGUUAGGGAAAGACCAUGAAGAAACACGCAGACAAAAAGCCUUACCCUGCACCCCAGGUGGAGAGAGAUUUACCCAGUUAGGGAAAGACCAUGAGGGAACACAGACAAAAAGCCUUACCACUGCUCCCAGGGUGGAGAGCGAUAUCAAAUCACAUUGACCUAAAGUUCACAAGAGCACACACUCUGCUCCGACAUUUGUCUUCUAUAUUUUAAAUGUUUUUUUUAUGCCACAUUAACUCAAUUAUACAGAAUGUAAUAAAACAUAUAUUGUAUGUCUGUUUUAAAUGUACAAUACGUUAGUUUGAAUGAAGACUCUCUCAAA